UUCUCACUGACAAAAACACAAACACCUUCUCUUCACUCUCCCAACCCCCACAAAAAAACAUGCCACUCUGUUACACUCUCUUCUUCUUCUUCUUCUUCCUUCAACACAUUCUAACCUUCACCAUUGCAACCUCUUCCACCACCAUUAUUCUAGAAGGAAGCACCACACUCCGAAGCCCAAACAACACCUUCGAACUCGGAAUCUUCAACUUGCCGUCUUCCAACAACUUCUACCUCGCAAUCCGCUACGCUUCCCUCUCAAAACAAACCCUCAUUUGGGUCGCUAACCGCCGCCAACCCGCCGCGACCCAACCCAAUACCACCCUCCAGCUCACCAACACCACCACCACGUGCCACCUCAGCCUCACUCACCCCCAAACCUCACUCCCUCUAUGGCAAACCCCAACUCCAAAAGCCCCUUCCUUUUCUUCUUGCAAUGUUCAGUUACGGGAAAAUGGAAACUUGGUUCUUCUCUCUUCCGAAAAUGGCACCGUUUUGUGGCAGAGCUUCGACGAACCAACUGACAAGUGGCUUCCGGGUAUGAACUUGACCCGAACCCAAUCUCUUGUUUCGUGGAAAACCGAAACGGACCCUUCGCCGGGGCUUUACUCUCUGCGGCUGAAACCACCGGAUUACGGUGAGCUUGAGCUUGUUUUCAACGGCACCGAUUCGUAUUGGUCCACCGGAAACUGGACCGGUAAUUUUUUCACCGGAAUUCCUGAGAUGACGAAUCCGUACAUUUACCGGUUCCAUUUCGAGGAGCCUUUUACUGCAGCUGCGUCGUUUGGGUUUACAGAGACGACUUCGGAUAGUGGCUUUGUUCCGACGAUGUUCCGUUUGGAGCCUCACGGCCAGGUUCAGCAGUACACGUGGUGGAAGCAGGCUGGUGCGUGGAACAAGUUUUGGUUCAAGCCUGAGGUUUGUCAGGUUCGGGGGCUUUGUGGGAGGUUCGGAGUUUGCAAAGGUCAUGAAAGUUCUGAACUUUGUGUUUGUGUUGAUGGGUUUGGGCCUUCUGAUGAAGUGGGUUGGGGGAAUGGGGAUUACACUAUGGGUUGUGUUCGUAAAAAAAUGGAUUCUUGUGAUAAAAGGGAUGGUUUUCAGGAUAUGGGGUUGGUGAAAUUUGGAUCUGGUAGUGUGAAUUUUUCGAAAGCUAAGUCUAGGAGCUUUUGUGAGAGUAAAUGUUUGGGAUCUUGUGAGUGUGUUGGGUUAACUUUCAGUGAAGGGAGUGGUUUGUGUAAGAACUUUUAUGGGUCAGUGUUUGAUUUUCAGAAUGUGAGUUCUGUUGGUCUUGGUGUUGGUGAUGGUGGUGGUGCGUUGUAUGUGAGGGUGCCAAGAGAUGGGAAUGAGAAGGGUUUGGAUAGUAAGGUUUUGAUUGUUGCUGUCCUUGUUGGGUCGGUGGCAGUUUUGGGUGUUGUGGUGGUGACUUUGUUGGUGUUGGUGAAGAAAAAGAGGAAGAAGGAGUUGGAGGAGGAAGAUAGAUUUAUUCAAAUGUUGAAUUUGAGGAUGUUUUCUUACAAGGAGCUUCAAUUGGCAACAAGGGGUUUUUCGGAGAAAGUUGGGCAUGGUGGAUUUGGGACUGUAUUUCAAGGUGAAUUGAGUGAUUCAACUCUUGUUGCUGUGAAGAGGUUGGAGAGGCCAGGGAGUGGGGAGAAAGAGUUCAGGGCCGAGGUUUCGACAAUUGGGAACAUUCAGCAUGUUAAUCUUGUAAGGCUUAGAGGUUUUUGUUCUGAGAAUGCACAUAGGCUUUUGGUUUAUGAGUUCAUGCAAAACGGUGCAUUGAGUGCUUAUCUGCGCAGGGAAGGGCCUAGUUUGAGCUGGGAUGUUAGGUUUCGAGUUGCAGUUGGAACAGCCAAAGGGAUUGCAUAUUUACAUGAGGAGUGUAGGAACUGCAUUAUACAUUGUGAUAUCAAACCAGAGAAUAUCCUUUUGGAUAGUGGUUUCAAUGCAAAGGUCUCGGAUUUCGGUUUGGCAAAGCUCAUGGGGAGGGAUUUCAGUAGGGUGCUGGCAACCAUGAGGGGUACUUGGGGGUAUGUUGCUCCGGAGUGGAUUUCCGGGGUGGCAAUUACUGCGAAGGCUGAUGUUUAUAGUUAUGGAAUGACAUUGCUUGAACUAAUUGGUGGUCGCCGAAAUAUUGAGACACUGCCAUCUGCUGGUGGUUGUGACAGAGGCAAAGAGAGUGGUUGUGAGAUGGGAGAGAGAUGGUUCUUUCCUCCUUGGGCAGCGCAGCAGAUAAUCGACGGCAAUGUGGCCUCCGUGAUCGAUAAGAAACUUGGAGAUGUAUAUAACAUUGAGGAGGCUAGAAGGGUUAGUUUGGUAGCAGUUUGGUGCAUUCAAGAUGAUGAAGCUAUUAGGCCUACAAUGGAUAUGGUGGUGAAAAUGUUGGAAGGGUUAGUGGAAAUUAGGGAUCCUCCACUGCCGAAUUUGCUACAAGCAUUGGUUACCGGCGAGUCCUUUCAAGGCGUCAAGUCUGAUUCCGGCAAUGAGAUUUCCACCGGCGGAGGCUUAUCCGGCGGAAACUUGGAAGUGUCAAUUGCUGAUUCAGAAUCAUAUGUUGGAGAUGCAUUUCCCUCCCCAAUGGAUGUGAAUGUCAAUGUUGAUGUUAGAUAACAAAGGUUAUGGUAAAUUGUUAAUUAGUCCAACAAGAUCAUAGCAUUUUAAGGUAGUAUACCUCAUCUCUUUCCCUUUUCCUCCUUGUUUGUUUUUUUAGUUACUUCCUAAGGAGAUGAAUUGGAAGAAGAAAGUUGAAAAAGAAAAUGGGAUGUGGAUGUAAAUUAGUUAGUUAACUUUGUUCAUUGAAUCUUACAAUGCUUGGGAUUAGGAUCCUGAAACAUGAAGUGAAUUUUCCAGAUUAUAUAGUGUAGUAAUACUGUAAUAGUUUCAGAUUUUCUUGUUUCAAUUGAGCAGAUAAGCAGAGAUUUUAAAUUUGUCAAAUCAUUUUCAACUUGUAAUUUUAUUGUAACA